UUUAUAACAUUUCAUUGAUCUUCUUGUUCCCAAAGCUCUGAGCUGAGGGUUAGGGUUUUACAGAAAUAACAUUCACCAUGUGCAAGCCCUGAAAAUUUCAAUUGCUCGCUGUCCGUUCGAUCAAUGGGAUCGUCGUCGGCGUUUUUCGUGAUCUGCAUUCUGCACUCUCUGAUUGCGAUGACCUGUGGGGCCCUCAUGAUGUUCUACAUGAAGGAGGUUUACACUUUCGGGCAUGGGGUGCAGACGGCGACGAAGCUUCUCGGAUCCACGCCGCACGACCAAUUACUCAUCAAAACCUCCGAUUCGUUCUCCGGCUUGCUACUCGUUGCCAUCGGGUUCCUCCUCUUCAUGGUUUCCUUCGUAAGGGACCGUGAUUUUCAGUCCUUCUUCGCCAAGGGCUGCACGCUCCUUCACGUCUUCAUGGCUAUGUGGAGGAUCUACUUUGAACGUAAGGUCGAGGAUCUCGCCUGGGAUUGGCUCAGGCAAACAGUUGGCGAUUUUCUCUUGGCACUCUCCUGGGUUUUCUUCCUUGUUUACUCUUGGAGAGAGAAGUAUGAUUAGCUUCCCUCUCCUUUUUAUUUUUAUUUAUUUAUUUCCCAUCGGUAUAAAUUUUGAGUUUUGAAUUUACCCUGUAAAAAUCGGAUCUCACAUGUUUUCUUAUCAAAUGGAUAUUUUAG